AUGCGGUCGCCUGCUUUCCCGCCACGGCGACCAUCGCACGUGAUACGCUAUCUCAUUCCUGUUGUGCUUGUGACAUGCAUUUUUUACUAUUUUUUCACUGGUUCUAACUACCGCUCGCCCGACAAACCCGGACAAACGAAAAGUGGUUCUAGUGGAGGUACCAGCAAAGACGACGAUGACGAUUCUACGCCUGCGAAAUCGAAAGGACACUCGAGCUCGAAUGCCGUUGCCGAUCAUCCUAUAGAUGAGUUAAUAAGACUCGCAGACAAGAAUUUCAAAGAGGUCCUCGCCAAAGAGUCCACAACUCUCGCUGGGGCCGCCAAGGCCUAUCGCGAGCGCCGUGGCAGACAUCCACCUCCCGGGUUCGAUAAGUGGUUCGAGUUCGCCCAGGAAAACAAUGCCAUCAUAGUCGAGGACUUCUUUGACCGCAUAUACCACGAUCUCAAUCCCUUCUGGGGUCUCGACCCCAACAUCAUCCGCAAAGAAUCAUGGGACUUUGAAAUGACCAUCAAUAUUCGCAAUCAUAAUGCAAGCGCGAAGAGCGACUGGUUUUGGACACAGAUCUGGUUGAAGAUGUUCAAGACUAUUGAGCAUCUAUUACCCGAUAUGGACGUUGCCCUCAACGCCAUGGAUGAACCUCGAUUGGUGGUACCAUGGGAAGAGGUCGCGACGUACAUGAAAAAGGCCGAGCGUACUCGGAAACUGACCCCAACAAACAAGGUUGUAUCAACCUUCCAGGACCGGCCCGACCCUGAGGAGGGCUAUGAGAAGCCCACCACGAGGAAAAAGAAGUGGGAGGAAACAAGUCCAUUUUGGUUGAUUGCGCGUCGCGGUUGUCCCCCGGACAGCCCAGCUCGUCGGUUAAGUAUUGUAGGUUCUUACGAUGAUACGCCCAAGUUCUCUCCCGAAUGGGCCACACCUCAUCAAUAUCAAGGAUACGUGUCAAACUACACACUUUCGACCGAAUUCUGUCAUCAGCCCGACCUACAGGGUCUUCAGGGAAUCUUCAUUCAUCCUCUAUCCACCCGUUCCACUCGAGUACUCUUCCCUCUCUUCGGUGGCAGUAAGCUAGCUACGAACAAUGAAAUUCUCUUGCCCGCGCCUAUGUACUGGAAUGAAGAGGAUAGGUUUACCGGUGGGGGGUUCCAAGGCUCUGAAUGGGAGGACAAGUACGGUCCACUCAUAUGGCGUGGGGUCGCCACGGGGGGGUUGAAUAAGGAGUCGAAUUGGCGAGGUUUCCAACGACACCGUUUUGUGGCCAUGAAUAACGGAACAAAACUUGCCCUUGCCGAAGCUGGCGUCGAACCGCCGGUGAAUUUUGAACUACCCUCGGCUGCUUACGGCAUUAUGGCAAGCAAAGAAAAGCGUUUGGGGGAGUGGGUAUCUGAAUGGGCUGAUGUUGGUUUCACUGAUCUGAUGUGCGAUGCCGACUCAAAACCACCAAAGUCCGAUGAUGAUGAAGAGGAAGAGGACAAAACUUGUCCCUAUACCACACCUCAUUUUGAGGUGAUUGACGGCGUUGAUCUAGCAGAGCAGUUCACAUACAAAUACCUCCCCGAUAUCGACGGCAAUUCCUUUUCCGGCCGGUAUCUCGGCUUUCUCCGCAGCACAGGGGUCCCCAUCAAAAGCACCAUGUGGCACGAAUGGCACGAUAGCCGGCUGAUCGCGUGGAAACAUUUUGUGCCCAUGGACAGCCGCUUCGGCGACUACUACGGGAUCAUGGAGUACUUUUUAGGAUAUGGCAAGGUCAUGCCGGGACACGACGAAGCCGCUAAGAAGAUCGCCAUGGACGGCAAGGCAUGGGCUGAGCGCGUCCUCAGGAAAGAAGACAUGCAGAUAUAUGUCCUCCGCCUACUGCUCGAGUACGCCCGACUCUCUGAUGAUCGACGAGAGAGUAUGGGGUGGGUUGAAGACUUGAAAUCGAAAUCAUGAGCAUGAUGAGAUUCAUGCGCCUUAGAAAGGCGCGUAUCUUAUCGCAAGAUCAGGGAAAUAGGGACCGCUAUUGCAUGAAACAGGUGUAUUCAAUGGCCAUGGCGUUGUUAUUGUUGUUGUUUCUUUUUUUGCGUUAUCGUUUUGGCAUGGGCGAAUUUCUCGGGGGGAAGUUCGCUGGUAUCAUAUAUAUAUACAUACAUACCCCUGGCUGGCGUUGAUGACGCGCCGCAUGAUGCAUUGCAUUACAUUGCAUUGCAGAACAGAAAGUGUCAGAUUUUCACGCCGUGUACAUAUUUACAUGCAUACAUACCUACACAUACCUACAUACCUUUCCUCUGCUUUUGACGGAACGGAGGAAGGGCUGAGCUGAGUGCAUCGAUACUGUGUAUCAUAUACCCACCUAUGUACCAAAAAUUGCUAGAAACCUACAUUGUUGUUCAAAUUGUUACGUGUUAGGUCUUUGAGGCCUGGAUGAUAUCUAAUGAAUAUGGGCGGCGAGAUGAGAUUGAUGGGCAUAAAGCUUCUCUUGCUCAAAUAUCUUCUCGAAUACGUAUCUCCCCUCCAUCAGAGUCGCAGGCUACAAGCGCUGCUUCUUUCUUGGAACUACCCUGGGUACCAACUGAAUUCAAAGUGUUACAUACCCACCUACC